UCCCGUCCCCCAACCUCAAGGCAGCAGAGGUGGUGUCACGUGGUGGGAUUCUCCCAUUCACUCCCUACAACUAGGCCGCCAUCACGCCCACAGUGGGUGAAGCAGGCCCAUAGCAUCGAUCAGAACCCAAAACAGGCGGAGGCGUGCGUGGCCGUGCAAGCCUCGCCCCGGCGGUUCCUCUCACUUCCACUUCAGUGUCGCACUCACUUUCCCCUUCCCUGCCUUACUGCACCCCCUUCCCUCAUUUCCAACUUUGCAUCCCAAAACCACUCUGCCUGUCCAUUUCCUGCUUCUUUUUCCCAACGACCGAGCGAAAUCCACUUCUUCACCACCAAAGCCUCUGCUAAUUCCCCCAUCGCGAAUCUACAACCGCCUUACCGUCUACUCUAAUAUCUAACCAGGUAUGUAUGAAGACACACUGCUUCUCCGCUUCCUCCCUCUCCCUGCACCGUGGGCAUGGGCAUCAGCUGCACACGCACCCGCUCGCUAUCCGCUGCUCCUCUCGUCCACCACCCGCUGUCGUCAUCGCGAUGCGACAAGGCCAUAUCUUUGUCAUCCCCGGCGCUGCCAUCGACGGCGGCCGCACUCAUCGCAUCCGAGCUUUGACUUGAACCGGAGGGACACAGGACCGGUUCAAGACGGCCGCUCAGGAGGUGCUGCCCAGCCUGCGCAUACCCCACCGUUGGCCGCAAGUCUAUUUCGACAUUCGAUCGACACACCGCGGGAUUCCAAAGUUAGAACACAAAGCGCCGCUCACUUUGGCCUCACUUUGUCUGUCGGCGACCAAGGGCUUCUUUCGUCGCGGCGCGCAUUGCUGUUCUGCCUUACACCUCCUUUUCGCUGUCCCGCCUUGAUAUCUACCCCGCCAUUUCUGUCACCCGCGCCCUCACAUUGGCCCGCCCCUUAAUCACCUACAACACCACAUCCAAGCAAUUCCACAAGCUAACACACGACAUCUCAGAACUUCACAACACCGCCAAAAUGGGUCACGAGGAUGCUGUCUACC